AUGGCGUCAUCCGCUGUGGGGUCGGUCGUAGUCUCUUCUUCCUUCACUCACGAUGCGGCUCGUCGCCAACCCACAGCCAUCGUUCGCGAUAGCUCCCCUCAGGCCAGCGCGAAACGAACCGCCAGACACCGCAAUGCCGACAUCGCUUUCCGCCAAUUCCCGCAUUUUGCCAGACCCGCCAACACACAGACCCGCAGAGUCAACGGGUUCCGCCUUUCCGCCUACGCGGAAGCCGCGUCGGAAAGCGGAAGACCAGCGGGCGGAUCCGCGGGGCAGGCGAGCGGAACACGGGGAUCCGCGGGCAGGGGGGACUCGACGAGCGGGGAAUUCGUGGACACGCGCAUUCAUUGGAGCUCCCCGGACGAGGGGUGGGUGGGCGGCAACAGCAGCGGGUUCAGUUCUGAGGAGGAGUUCGAGGCGCGGUCGAGCGACGCGGGGCUGCGCACCGCGAUGAGCCGCGAUAUGCAGCUGCUGAUUAUGUCGAACUCCAACAACCACUACACCGUGCUGGGCGUGUCACCCCUGGCGGACACGGACGACGUGAAGGCGGCGUACCGGCGGCUGUCGAAGCGGUUCCACCCCGACACGACGCGGCUGCCGCUGGCGCUGGCGGAGCAGCAGUUUGUGCGGCUGAACCAGGCGUACGAGGUGCUCUCCAGCUCCGAGGACCGCCGCCUCUACGACUGGAAGCUAGCUCAAGAGGCAUCUGAUGCGCGUGGCGGGCGGUUUGUGUGGCCGUAUGAGGUGGAUCGCACUCAGAGAGGAAUGGGCUCGCGGGACCCUCCCUCUCCUGUGGGCAGGAGAGGCCCUGGGGAGGAUGAGAAUGACGUUCCACUUUCAGAUGGCUCGAUCAUGGCGCUUGCAUUCGAUGCAUUUGCUGUGCUGAUUGCGGUUGCUUGUAUUUGUUAUGCAGCCUUUUUCAAGGGGAACUGA